CCAUGCUUACUCAUAUUUCUUCACCACAAUAACAAACUUCUUCUUUCGCUCUGCAUCUAUUUCUCUCUAGAUCUCAAUCAUUAUUCAUUCAGUAGCUACGCAAAUGGCUGAUUCUAAAACAUGUAAUCAAAAGCAUGCCAAGGCACUUGAUUUCAUUGAGGAGAUGACUAAAAAUACCGACUCUGUUCAAGACAAAGUUAUAACUGAAAUCUUGAGAAGAAAUGGUGAAACUGAGUAUCUUUCGCGGUUCCAACUCAAUGGAGCGACUGAUCGUAAGACUUUCAAGUCGAAAGUCCCCAUUAUCAAAUACGAGGAUCUUGAACCUGAAAUCCUACGUAUUGCUAACGGUGAUCGCUCUGCUAUUCUAUGCUCUCAACCCAUCUCUGAGUUUCUCACCAGUUCUGGAACUUCAGCUGGUGAGAGAAAGUUGAUGCCCACGAUUGAGGAAGAAUUAGAUCGUCGCACCUUACUCUACAGCCUUCUUAUGCCAGUCAUGAACCUCUAUCUUCCCGGGUUAGAUAAAGGAAAGGCCCUUUACUUCUUAUUUGUCAAGUCAGAAACAAAGACGCCAGGAGGCCUACUUGCUCGACCCGUGCUAACAAGCUACUACAAGAGCGAACAUUUCAAGAAUAGGCCACACGAUCCUUACACAGUAUACACUAGCCCGGACGGGGCAAUUCUUUGCUCGGACUCAUUUCAAAGCAUGUACACUCAAAUGCUAUGUGGUCUUUACCAACGUGAAGAAGUCCUUCGACUUGGUGCCGUCUUCGCCUCUGGGCUAGUUCGUGCCAUUCGGUUUCUUCAAUUGCACUGGAGGCAACUUGCCCACGACAUUGCUACUGGAACCUUAAACCCCAAGAUCACCGAUCCAUCUAUUCGACAAUGUCUUGCUUCAGAUAAUAAUAAGCUGCAAAUACUGAAGCCAAACCUUGAACUAGCAGAAUUUAUCACAAACGAGUGUUGUGAUGAGAAUUGGGAAGGAAUCAUUACGAGGAUUUGGCCUAAUACCAAGUACCUCGAGGUGAUAGUUACGGGUGCCAUGGCUCAGUACAUUCCCACCCUUGAUUACUAUAGCAAUGGUCUACCGAAAGCUUGCACCAUGUAUGCGUCAUCUGAAUGUUAUUUUGGCCUUAAUCUUAAGCCGUUGUGCAAGCCCUCCGAAGUUACUUACACUAUCAUGCCCAACAUGGGUUACUUCGAGUUCCUUCCUCACGAGCCAUCCACUUCGUCCUCAAAACAUGUUAUUCCAAAGCUAAUUGACAUGGCUGACCUUGAGAUGGGAAAAGAAUAUGAGCUGGUUAUCACAACCUAUUCAGGGCUUUGCAGGUAUCAAGUUGGGGACAUACUCCGAGUCACUGGCUUCUACAACACUGCCCCUCAAUUCCAGUUUGUGAGAAGAAAGAAUGUGUUGCUGAGUAUAGACUCAGACAAGACCGACGAAGCGGAGCUCCAGGUAGCAGUGGAAAAUGCUUCGAAACUCCUACGUGAUUUCAAUACUAGCGUCGUUGAAUACACAAGCUAUGCAGACACCAAGACGAUACCUGGGCACUAUGUGAUCUAUUGGGAGUUGCUAGUGUUAGACCAAGACAACUUGCCGAGCGACGAGGUGUUGAACCAGUGUUGCCUUGUUAUGGAAGAGGCAUUUAACUCGGUUUACAGGCAAGGUAGAGUUGCUGAUCACUCCAUAGGGCCGUUGGAAAUAAGGAUAGUAAAAAAUGGUACUUUUGAAGAGCUCAUGGACUAUGCAAUAUCAAGGGGUGCGUCUAUCAAUCAGUACAAGGUGCCAAGGUGUGUGAACUUCACACCAAUCAUGGAAUUGCUCGACUCAAGACUCCUCUCUACACAUUUUAGCCCUGCGUGCCCACACUGGACUCCGGAGAGACGAAAUUAGUAGCUAGCUAGUCGUCCAAACUGGAUAGAGUAGGUCAGUCUGAAAGUCAUCACCUACCAAUAAUAAAAUCAGAAUGACGAUGAAUUCUGGACGGAAUCUUGUUCUUUUAUUUAGUAAUCUAAUAUCUAUUGCAUAUCUAGUUGGUAGCUUCAUCAGAAGUAUGCAUAAUCGUAGUUUCGUAAUUAACUGUAGUUUUCCGUUGUAAACUUUGAUUUCCACGUCAGUCUUCUGUAUGUGCAAAGAAAGAAAGAAAAGUCCAGUACGACAUUGUUCACUCGUCUCUAUGUUACUUUCCUAGCUAAUUUUGGGCCUAGGCCUUUUGUCCGGGGCCUAUUAAAAUUUGUUCCCAACUAGAAGAAAGAUAGGGGUGUCUUGAUCCAAUGAAACUACCAAUUUAUCCUUGUCAAA